AUGUCUAACCUGAGGAGGGUGUUGGAGAGGCAAGAGCGAGAAGAUGAAGAAAUCAGGUGCAGACAUGUUGAAGAAGAUCGUGAGUUGGAUGAAGAGGACGAUGAAGUUGUUUUUAGGGGUGGAGUUGCGGGAUCUCAAAACAACGUUAAUGUGAGUGGUCAAUCCCCGGUAUUCAACGAUGUGUUGAGAGGUGAUUCCCCCCAUAUUACGUAUCAAAUCAACAAUACCGUAUACUCGGGUGGGUACUACCUAGCUGACAGAAUUUAUCCGAGGUGGACGACAUUCAUCAAAACAAUUCCGAAUCCCCAAUUGAAGAAGGAAAAAAGCUUUAUUGCCUUUCAAGAGGGUUAUAGGAAAUAUGUUGAAAUGUGUUUUGGUAUCCUGCAAGCUCGUUUGGCAAUUAUUAGGGGUGUUGCUCGUAUGUUUGAUGAAGAGGUGCUUCAGAGCAUUAUGAUGACUUGCAUCAUCUUCCAUUACAUGAUUGCGGAGGAUGAGUAUGAUUAUGAUGGCCCUGAGAUGUUCGAACCCGAUCCCAUGAACAUGACAUUGACAAGAAUUUAUGAACGGCCCGUGGGAGCAAAUGGACAACCACUGGAGCACGAACCGUUGGUUAGGAAUGGUCGUUACAACAACCAUAUGAUUGACCGUUAUAUGGAAAUACAAUCUUCUUAUGUUCACGAGAGACGUCAAGUUGACUUGAUCGAACACUUAUGGGUGAUGAAAGGCAAUCACGGUGGAUGA